AUGCCUUCCGAAGCAAAGUAUACAUGGGAUCAGGAGCUUAACGAGAUCAAUAUUCAGUUUCCAGUAACUGGAGACGCCGAUAGCAGCGCCAUAAAGAUCAGAAUUGUGGGGAAGAAGAUUUGUGUAAAGAACCAGGGCGAGAUAGUCAUCGAUGGAGAGCUUCUGCACGAAGUGGAUGUCUCGAGCCUGUGGUGGGUGAUUAACGGAGACGUGGUUGAUGUGAAUGUAACAAAGAAGAGAAAUGAAUGGUGGGACAGCCUGCUGGUGGGAUCUGAGUCUGUCGAUGUCCAGAAGCUGGCUGAAAACAAGCAUGCUGACAUGAGUAUGCUAGAUGCUGAGGCCAGAGAGGUUGUGGAGAAGAUGAUGCACAACACAAGUGGGAAGGACUCUGAAUAA